AUGGCUGAAGUGGUGGGGACUCUUGAUCUUGCAUUGUUGUCACAACGUAAAGGACGAUCAGGGGGAAUAAUCGGAAAGGUUCUUCAGGGUAUUGCAACUGUGCCUAAAGGUAUGAAUCGUUGGUGGAGGGAGAGAAAGGAGAAUGGUUUUAAGAAUGGACCAUCAAAUGAUUCAUUUUGGGAAACACUUCCAGAUAGUGUCACCCAACAACUCCGUCGCUUCUCACUAGCUGAUAGUCGAGCAGCCACAAAUGAUUUCAGUGAGGAUCGUUUGAUCAGAGAAGGUGGGCUUUGCAAGGUGUACGAAGGGUAUUUGGAUGGGGAAACUGGUAUUGUUGCGCUCAAAAGGUUCGAGGAGUUGGAAUCAUUGCAUCUCUGGGAACAAGCUAGGGUUGAGAUUGAGGUACACUCCCUACUCGACAGUCACCCCCACAUAGUCUCUCUAAUUGGAUUCUACAAUGAGAAACCAGAGUUAAUCGGCGUGUAUGAUUACAUGACAAAUGGAUCCUUGGAAGAUCAUUUAUUCAACAUAAACAGCGAUCCACCUUUGUGGAAAGAGCGACUCAAGAUUUGCAUUGGUGUAGCAAGAGGACUACAACAUCUCCAUUCGAGUGUGAAGCAUAGAGUUAUCCACUGCAACGUAAUCCAACGACCCUCGAUGGAUGAUGUGGUAACGAGUCUCCAGUUAGCAUUGCAAUUGCAGGAAACUUGGGAGACUCGUAUCAAGAUUGGUGUUGAGUUAUCUAUGACCGAACCUAGUUCUUACAACAACGUCUUCUCUAUUGAUGAACGGAGAAACUUCUUCUCUAGUGAUCAUGUUCUAACUUUAAAUUCUGAUGUAGGAUGGAGUGGAUCAAUAUCUGACUCGGAUUUUGAUGAGUUAAUCCGUUAG